CCCACAUACACUGCCUAUAUAAAUCUGGAGCAGGCCUGAGGGCAAUAUUGUCUAUGUGAAAGGUGGGAUUAACAAACAGUAAUCAAAAGUUAGUGUGAGGCCCAAACAUGGACCAUGUGGGAAAGAUCGUGUUCUAUGAAGACAAAAACUUCCAAGGUCGCUAUUAUGAGUGUCAAAGUGACUGUCCCGAGCUCAACACCCACUUCAGCCGCUGCAACUCUAUUCGCGUGGAGAGCGGGACCUGGGUGCUGUAUGAGAGGCCCAACUACAUGGGCUAUCAGUACAUAUUGACCCGGGGGGAGUAUCCUGAUUACCAGCGCUGGAUGGGCUACAACGACAGCAUCAGGUCCUGCAGGAUCAUACGAAACCCUUCUAGCGUGUCCAGGGUUCGUGUGUACGAGCGUCCUGACUUUGGCGGUCAGAUGUUGGAGUGCACCGAAGAUCUGAGCAACCUGCCCGACCGCUGGAGCCUCCGAGAGGUUCACUCUGCCCAGGUGCCGGAGGGCGCCUGGGUCUUCUACGAGCUCCCCAACUACCGUGGGCGCCAGUACCUGCUGGAGAGAGGAGAGUACCGUCGCUUCACAGAGUGGGCAGCCGUCAACCCCAGUGUGGGCUCUUUCCGCCGCGUUCCCAGCUAUUAG